AUGCCUUCAUUUGAAUCCACACAGCUGGUUAAGAAAGACAGCGGGAAUAGCGAUGGCCUUAUCAGCUGCGAUCGCCACAAUGGCAGUUACAGGAGUUCGGUUCGGUCGCAUACGUCUCCCGCGGAAGAAGAUAGCAAUGGGAAAGCGGGAUUUCUAAAGAGAACAUGGAAACAUUGUAAACGACCAGGGAGCGCCCUCGUUGCCAGGCACUUCGCUCAACCAAUUCUCGCCAAGUCCUCGCUUUCUCUGCUCUCUACGUCCUUGCACAAUCCCACGCCGAACACCGUUGAUUUCUCAAUGCGCGUAACUUUGACACUUCCGGUCCCCUUUCCGGUCCUACUAGAGCCCAUGGUCGUUCGCCUAUGCCGAAACGGGCAUGCUCCUAACAACCCAUUCCUCGAAGUGACACUACCUGCAUGCCAAAUUGUACGCUCUGCGGAUAUUGAGGUCAUCAGGAAAACGACAAAUAUUUUAGACGUGGAGCAAUUUGGAGAUUUUAUAAAUGAUGUUAUGUUCAAAAAAUCGGUUAUAUUAGAUAUCAAAGGUUCAGCGAAAGUGCAGGACGGGGCCCAUCUCGAGGCCGUUUUAGAUCUUCCAAAUCCAUCCCUAGCGACGAUUGAGAUGGGAGAUCUGACCUUAAAUCUUUAUGUUGGAUCCGUCCUCGUCGGUGAAGUCUUCAUUUCCAACGUUACCUUCACCCCCGGCCCGAAUGUCGUCUCAUCGCGCGUGUAUCUCGACCCGAAGACGGCCGUGCGUAAUAUUACCACAAUUAUCCAAUCGCAAAAGGAAUCGCUUUACCGCGGGAAGCUUGGGGUGAGAGUGUCAGGGAAAUCAACAGUACGCAAUGGCGAGAACCUUGCAUACUUUGAAAAUGGACUCUCCAAGCUGCAACUGUACUCCAUGGUACCAGUUUCCAGAAUCCUUGGCAGCACAGUCGGGGGGAUUGCAACGUCAAUCACUCCAGGAAAUAUUCUGAUGCUCUUGAGAAUGACGGGGAUAAUGGCCAGAUUAGAAGGUAAUGGGGUCGAUGUGGCGCAGAUAACACAGCUUGGACAACCCGCGUGA